AUGACUUACACCAGAGUCAUGUACGACAUGCCUCCCCCCAAGGUGGGCGAGAACAAUGGCUACUGGCAGCUGCCUAGACACAUGAAGCCUGCUGGCGCCCUUGCUGCUGCCUGCAUCGUCAACAAGACGUUUCCCGAGGUCUAUGCAUUCCUGGAACAGACGUUCUGGGAGAUUGUGGGCAGUGAGGAGUUAUCCAUGAAGAGAAACCCUAUCAAGCCGACUCCCAAAUGGGGCCGCUUCGUGUUGCGUCACCUCGGCUUGAAGUUCUUGUACGAAGACGAGGACUUGACCGCUAAGGAACGCGCUCACCGUAUCUUCCCCAUGUUUGAGGAGAUCAGCGAUGAGGAGUGGAUGCGUCGUGCCGCUCNNCCCCUUCAUUACCCUUACACUCCCACCUCUCAGAAGGCCUAUGAUGAAGAGAUGGCUUGGCGUAAUGCCAGAAGAAAGGCAGAGUGGGAAGCUGGAGCCAUCGAGUACAAGAAGUACCAGAGAAGAAUCAGACGCAACGAGAGAGCCAAAGUCAAAGCCCUGGAUCCCGAAGACUUCUCCGACUGUGACAGCUUUGCCAGCGCCAGCUCCUUCGACAGCAACUCCAGCAUUGGCAGCACUUCGGCCGAAGAGGUUCUCGAGAAGCUCUGCAACACCCUUCGUUCCUUGUACAAGAAUGGCAUCAAGCCAUCUGCCCCCUCGUUCAAGCGUACACUCCAGAGAGCUGCAGAUGUCAACCGCAUCAUUCACGAUGACUCUGACAGCGACUCCAUCACUACCAGCCCUCAGAUGAGACGCCUGAGAGCCCUGCCUGACCCCAAUUGGAACAUCAAGCUCGAUGAGAACAUGAUCUUGACCAUUCUCGACUUCGACAACGACCCUUUCUUGACUCCAGCUGACGAGGAAGGCCUCUACAAUGUUCAGGCAUGCUUCAACACUAGAGACAUUCGUAUCGCCGAGGAGAUCAUCUGCAGACUGCCCAAGCUCAUCAACCUAUACGGCAAGGAUAAGCACCAGAUCAAGAAGGACGAGGAAGAGUACGCCCGCCUGAUGAUCCUCUACAAGAGGGUCNAGGAGAGACUCGAUGCCGCCAUUCACGGCAUCUCGAGUGAUGGUCAGCGCUACGAAGACGAUGAUUCCCAGGACUACACUGAGGACUCCGAGGACUCUGAGGACGCCCAGGACGACGAGGCUGCGAGCAAGAAACCCAAGGACAGCAAGUCGGGUGGCGAUGGCGACGACAGCGAGGACCCUGAGAAUCAACCUGACUGGCUCCGCAAGAUCUCCAAGAAGCCGAGACUGAUUAUCGAGGCUCCUGACAUGGACGUCAACCCCAACUACGUCAAUCUCUCCCCUAUGAAUGAGGAGGAAGAGGAAGAUCACUUCGCCAGACGUCGUGAGCUUGCUCAAGCCGAACGCGAGCUCCUCGAGACUGAGAGUGAGCGCAAGGAGAGAAUCGCUCAUGAAAUUAAGCAANAGGGCAACGACAUCCAGUGGCUCCACACCCGCGACAGAGAGGACUUCCCCACUUUGGCUCGUGUCUCAACCUCUACUCAGCCAGUUUCUCCCCCUAUCCCCACUGAGGGAGCCUUCGCUUCCCGCCAGUUCCAUGAGAGACGCUCAAUGGAGCUGACUCCUCGUCUGUUCGAUGGCCAGACUAUGAAGUGUUUCUCUGCUGGUCCUCAGCACACCGACGAGGUCGAGAGCAUCGAGUCAUCUUCUGCCUCUUCUGUCAAGAAGAAGAAGAAGUCGCUCGCUGCUCGUGCUGUCAAGAAGAUUGAAAAGAAGCUCAAGAUUCUGCGCCGCAAGGCGUUCCGCUUCCUCGAUGACAAUGCCAGCGAGAUCACCUUCUACCGCGGUCCCGGCUGCGACAGUGAUUGA